GUGGGCCGGGGAGCGGAUGGAGCCCACGACCUUCCUCAUCCUGCCCCCGGAGUCACCCCGUGGAAGCAGAACCUCUCCCCUCCUGCCCGCCCUUCCCUCGUCCCCCGGCUCCGCACACGGGGACAGCAGCCGGGCUCAGCCGGGCUCCGGUCCCAGCCUAUCCCAGCCUCUCCCCCACCUCUCCUCCCGUCCUGCCCACCCCUCCUGGCCUCGGCUUCUCCCAGCCCCGGCUUUUCCCCUCGGGAGCGCGGCUGAGGCGGCUCAAGGACUCCCCCGAUGCCCGGAGCAGCGCACCUGCAGCUGUCCCUCGGCGCGGGGCUGUCCCUCCUCUGCCUCGGCGUCCUCCUGGGCUGUGCCAUGUGCUGGUGGCACCGCCGGCGCCCGGGCCGCCUCCUCGGCCGGGAGCGAGUGGAGCUGGGAGCGGCUCUGCCCGCGGCGACGGUGCCGGUACUCAUCCAGCAGCUCCGCGAGGAGGUGACGGGAGAGGCGCCGGGUGCCCGGGACAAAGAGACUUCCCCGGCACCGCCGGCAUCCCGCGGGGGCUCGCCCCACGGCAGAGCAUCCCUGCCCACCCUCCCCUUCCUCCCGCAGCUGGCGGGGCUGUGCCAGCGCCGCUGCACCAUCGCCAGCACCAAACUCCUCUGCGGCGAGCAGAGCCCGCUGGUCCCCCCCGUGCCGGGGUCCCCACCGCGCUGCCGGCAGCGUCCGCGGCUCCACUGCGACCUGUGCUACUCCCUGCCCGAGGCCACCCUCACCGUCACCAUCCUCGGCGUGUCGCACCUGCCCCAGGGCCACCAGGGCUCCCGCGUCAAGGUGUCGCUGGUGCCGCGGCCGCCGCUGUCCCGGCGCGUGUCCGUGCGCCGCCGGAGCCUCCGCCCCGCCCGCCGGGAGCCGCGCCGGUGCCGGUUCGGCCCGUACGGCCCGGAGGAGCUGGGCAGCUGCACCCUGCGCUUUGCUGUCUACGCCAGGUCACGGAGCCUCCAGGAUUCCUUCGUGGGCGAGGUCCUGUUCCCCUGCGCCGAGGCCUCCUGGGACCCCCGGGCCCCCUCCAGCUACUCCUGGGAGCUGGCGAGCACCAAAACCAAGCUCAGCAAGGCCACUACGUCAUCAUCCACCUCUACCACGACGGCCACAUCAUCGACACCAAGGAGAGCAAGUCCAGCAGCGGCUACAACCCCGUGUGGAACUCGCCCUUCCUCUUCAGCGUCCCUGCGGGGGACAUCCAGCAGCACGAGCUGGCCUUGGAGUUCAUUGUCAUGCAGGCUCGGCUCCACAGCCGCGGCUCCGCGCUGGGCCGUGUCCAGGUGGGGCCAGGUGCCCCUGGCACCGGGAUGCUGCACUGGAGGGACAUGUGCACCCAGGCACCGCUGGAGUUGGAGCGCUGGCACCGCAUCCUGCCCGACGCGCCCGGACCCUGAUCCGGCCACAGCCCGCGGGCAGGGCUUGCCCAGGACUCGGGCCAGUGAGCCAAGGGGGUGUCCGAGCUGUGGAGAGGGGAGGUGUCACCCACACACCGUCGGGGGAGAAGUCUGGGCUCCAUCUCCAGGGCUGGAGAUCAGUGGUGGCCGGCACAAGCCCAUCCUGAACGGCUCCGGAGGGGACCGAGCCCGUCUGAGGUGGCCUCAGCCUCGGGGGAGAGAAGAGGAGCUGUGUCUGCUCCAUCCACUGCCCCCGGCUCAGAGGCUGCACCCGGAAUCUUGGCUGUGGAGGAGCUGGAAGGGAAAAUCACCCAGCUGGAAUCCCUGUGGCCACCAUGGUGGUGGCAUCUCCUGCCCCUCCCACCCCACCAUCGCCACCCCCCAGGCUGGGACACACCUGAGGACACCAAGGACAUGCCAAUAUCAUCUGGUGAUAAAGGUGUCCAUCGGCUUUUUUAAUUGAUUGCUGGCCCUGAUGAGUAGUUGAUAAAUAAAUAAAGGGGUUGGGAAUGAUCA